AUGUCGACCGAGACCAGUGUGUACAAGGCUCGCGAGGGAGACAUACCUUUGUUGCGGUCAGAGUUUCAUGUCGAGAAGCGCAUCUGGGUGCUCACUUUGAUGGGCCAACAGACGCCUGAUAACCGUUUGACGCACUCGUUUAUCCAAGAGGGUAUGAUUCCUGCUUUGCGCGACAUCCGAGCACAAUGGAAUGCUUGGGUCGAGCAGGAUGAAGCAGAGAUGGGAGCUGCUUUGGUCACGACAGCUGAAUUGUCAUCAAAAAUAUUCUCGAAUGGACUGGACUUGUUUAAUGCAAUUGCUGAUCCGCACUUCUUCAACGACUACCUGAAUGCUAUGUUUACUGAACUGCUGACAUUUCCCAUUCCGACCAUCGCUGCUGUUACAGGCCAUGCAUUUGCAGGUGGAUGUACGUUGGCACUCGCACACGACUAUCGAGUGAUGAACAGCAAGCGAGGUUAUAUUUGCAUGAACGAAAUCGAAUUUGGAGCACACAUUCCGCAGGGCAUGCUGGGGGCAAUCAAGUCAGUCGUAAAGACUUCGCAAACAAUGCGAAAGCUUGUUCUGGAGGGUCAUCGGUUCACAGGCGAGGAAGCAUUAAAAGACGGGCUCGUUGAUGCGACCGCCGACUCUGCAGAGGCGACGCUCCGAGUUGCCAUGGACAUGGCGGACAAACUUCGUUCCCGGUGUGCAAAGAAUGGUUGGCAGGUAAACAAGGAGCUGAUCCAUCGGGAAUCACUCGCAAUGCAAUUUGAGCCGCCGCGUGUAUCAGCCAAGAUCUGA